UCAUAACCAUAACGAUGGGACCCCAGUAUUCCCACUCAUAAGAAACAACAAAGGGAAGUAAAAAAUUAUCAUGGGACUCUAGAGCUCCGGGUGGUGCAUGUGUACGAGCUCUUGCUCCUGCAAUUCGAAUAACUCAGUGAAACCGGGUUAUUCUUACGUAAUUCGGUGGUGAAUAAAUCAAUAAUACAUCCCAGGGAGUGUUAAUUGUUGUCUUGGUGUAUAUAGUGACUCUAGUCAAUGCUCUGUCAAAUGAAUAAAAAUGAAUCAAUGAAUAGUUUCGGCCCGCUGAUUGGAGCUAUCGAUGAGGGAACUAGCAGUGUCAGAUUUUUGGUAUUUGCAGCGGAUAAUUCUGAAGUAUUGACAUACCAUCAGAUUGCCAUACCCCUAUCAUACCCGAAGGAAGGAUGGGUUGAGCAGGAUCCCCUCGAGAUCCUCACAGCAGUCAGAGAAUGCCUGAACCAGACAGUUGUCAAUCUCCAGCAAUUGCGGAUUGACCCAAGUGACAUCGUUGCUAUCGGUAUUGCCAAUCAGAGGGAGACGACAGUAGUAUGGGAUUCCACGACGGGAGAGCCUUUAUAUAACGCUAUAGUGUGGAUGGACAUGCGGACAACAUCGAUUGUCGAUGAUAUUUUAAGGGGCAUUCGUAAUCGGAAUAAAAACUACCUCAAGCCACUGUGUGGUCUACCAAUUAGUCCUUAUUUUAGUGCUUUAAAGUUGAGAUGGCUGUUGGAUAAUGUGGAUAGGGUUCGAGAGGCUGUUGAUUGUGGGAGGUGCAUGUUUGGUACUAUUGAUUCGUGGCUUAUAUGGAAUUUAACUGGAGGUGUGAAUGGUGGUGCCCACACUACAGACGUCACAAAUGCUUCGCGCACAAUGUUAAUGAACAUCACAACUUUGCAAUGGGAUCCAACUCUCCUAGGUUUUUUCCAAAUACCAGGGGGCAUUCUUCCCCUGAUUAGAAGUUCAUCUGAGAUUUAUGGGAAUAUCUAUGAAGGGACGCUGAAAGGAGUGCCCAUAUCAGGGUGUUUAGGAGAUCAACAAUCAGCUCUGGUUGGUGAGAUGUGUCUCCAGAGAGGGCAGGCGAAAAGCACAUAUGGAACUGGAUGUUUCAUGCUGUAUAAUACAGGGACUGCUAUAGUGCAGUCUAGGCAUGGCUUACUGACCACAGUGGCUUAUCAAUUAGGACCAAAAGCCCCCCCAAUCUACGCACUGGAGGGUUCAAUAGCCAUAGCAGGGGGAGUAUUAGAAUGGCUGAAAGAAAAUUUGCAUUUAUUAUCUGAUGUGAAGGAGUCUGAGGCCAUGGCCGAGCAAAUUCCAUCCGGAAAUCAUCUGACAUUUGUUCCUGCAUUUUCGGGGCUGUAUGCUCCAUACUGGAAGAAAGACGCAAAAACUGUGAUUUGCGGAAUAACUGAGAACACAACGAGUGCACACAUAGUAAAAGCUUCUCUGCAAGCAGUCUGCUUUCAAAUUCGAGAUAUUUUGGAGGCCAUGACCCAGGACACUGGGGUGACUCUCACAAAACUACUCGCUGACGGUGCCAUGUCGAAUAACAAUUUAUUGAUGCAGAUGCAGGCAGAUAUCUGCGGAAUAUCAGUGGUCAGGCCACUGAUGAGUGAAACCACAGCCCUGGGUGCUGCCAUGGCAGCGGGAAUGGCUCAAGGAAUCAAAAAAUGGGACGUUAAAUUUGACGCAGCUGUUCCAAGUGAUACUUUCCUGCCACUCAUCACAGAAGAUGAACGACUUAUACUUUAUAGUCAAUGGAAAAAAGCAGUGGACAGAAGUUUGAACUGGGACCAACGGCCGGACUUAGAUGAAAAUUCCCCUGCAGACAGUCACAACGCCACAUCCGCUGGUAUCUUCGUACUAAGCACAAUAAUCCUGUUGAUGAUUGCCAAGCAUCGAUCAAACAUAUGACUGGCCAGAAUACUCCACAAAUCACCCAGUACCACUAGUCUCAGUCUCAGGGAAAUCCCAUAAGUUUUGUUGCCAAAUAAACAAUUUUUUAUUACAAAUGUCAAGGGGCACGUUCAAUCCCAAGAAUAAUCCACAGAAUCAUCAUCAGUUCACAUUCUCCUGGCCAUCAGAAGGCUCCAACUGCCUGGAGGAAUCCCCUCGAGAGCAGCUCCUCCUAUCCCCAUCACUAUUCUCAUCAUUCUUUAGUAAUGAUUUAUUCGAUAUCGACGUUUGCACUGAUAUCAUUGGAAUUAUCAGCCAAGGAUCUUCUUUUAUUGUCUGGAUUCUAGCUCUCGCCCUCUGGGGCACCAGGAUUUUGUUUAUCAGAGCUCUGCAUGCGUAGGAUACCUUCGGCAGUUUUGGAAAUGUCACCUUACUCUGGACUUGCUGAAAUGAUGAAUAGAAUUUUUUGGUUUUCAAUGAUAAAUUCUAAUUUUUACAGGAAUGGGCAUGUGUUGAGAUGUCAAGAGAGGAUUCUAUUGCCAAUUCGAAUAGUUCGUCACUUCGAUUGAUUUCCAUUGAG